AUGCUGAAGCCCUUCCUCAUCAGGGAUCUGCUGGAUCAGCCGGUGGAAAAUGAGCAAAGCAGCCCCAAUUCGAUAAUUAGUCCUCCUCUCAAUGACAGACCAGCGAUGUCUUAUGAGCGGACUGAUGUUCCGGCACCCCAUAUUGGCCCUAUCAUGGUUGGUGAUUCGGUUCGGCCGUAUUCGAACCACGGUAUUUCUUCACUCCCAUCUGAUGAGAUUAAUGGCGGAGUAAAGUCAGAGGUUGAUAACGAUGGCGGACCCAGCGAAGCAAGAAGCAAGAAAUCAGCUAAUGAUUCAGUUCCUUCAAUGCGAAACAAACAUCGUCAUGGUAUUGUUCGGGUUUCAGCUGAGGAAUACGAUGAAACAAUUGCAGCUCAUCCGCAGGCAAAGUUGUCUUAUAUGGAUGAAGAUGACGGGGACAUAAUUACUGUCGGUUCAUCUCUCGAACUUACGCAGCGACUGAGUGAGCCUGCUUCUCCGAAUGUUCGCCACCGGGGUUUUGUUUCUUCCAAUGCUUGGGAAGUUGAACCAAUGCAUAUAUUUGAUGUUAAUCGGUCGAAAUCAAUUUUGGAUAUAUGGAGAAGUUUCGAGAGAAGGACCUCAAUGGGAAGUCGUCCGUUGGAGACUUCAACCACAGGCGUAACCACCACCGAAGAGAACACCCAACCUAAACCCGUUUUUGAGAAAGGCAAUGAUGAUCACAGAGAGCGUUGGUUCCAACUAUGCAAUCCUCCUCAAGUUCACACGUCUAUAAGGGCUCUGGGUGAAAAAGCAUCGAGUGAGCAUGGCAACUCGGUGUUUACAACCCAGCCAUCUGAACUGUGUGCAUCAGGAAACAUUGAACCACCGCAAGCGAUGUCGUCUACCAGCAUAACCGAAGAGGGUAAACAACAGGCACAAAAAGCUGGAUCCAGGCUCAGUCGUGCGAGAAACGUAACGAUUGAUGCCCACCCAUCCAUCCCAGCAAUACCUCUAACAGCAGAAAACCCCUGGGCAUCCUUUACAACUUAUCCAUCAGGCUUCGGGCCCCAAGAUCUGACCCAAAGAGAGCCUGAAAGUCGGGAAUCUCCCAUCAAAAAUAGCCAGCCGCUUCUAGCUUCCUUGGAGGCUGAAUUAGCAAAGAUUAUGGAGAAUAAACGAGUUGGGGAUUCGUCAAACACAGAAAUACAGGAACAAAAAACCUUGGAGAACGAUCCUCCACACCUCCAACAGUCAUCCAAUUCAGAGCAGAAACCAGAGAUUUCAUCUCAACACAUCCCAAAGCCUGCCGAAAUGUUGUCCCAAUCCAUGCACGCGUUGCUUGGAGGUGUUCGCCAUCUAACUUCGGAAUUGAGGUCUAAACUUCCCGAAAUUGAACGCCGAUUAUCCAACGCGCACCAGCAAAUUCCCUCAACAGUACAGACUACUAUUUUUAGCACCAUCAGUGCUAUUGGCACCUAUAUACACAGUCUUGCAAAUGCAAUGCAAGACACGGUUGCUUCAUCCAGAGUUACUGCUGAUAGGUUGGUGGAGGCUGAUGUUUUGGCAGCUGAGCAAAUUGUGAAUGGCCUGCGCUCUCUCGCAAGCGAUAUUGGAGAGAUGGGGAGAACCCUGUUUGCUACCUUUGAAACAAUGUCCAGAGGCCUAGGAUCAUCUCAGGCACAACCCAACGGGGAACCUCCUAACCACGGAGAUAUCCCCGAUCAAUCCAACCCUGAAGAACCUGUAUCCCAAUCCACUGCCUCUCAAAAUGUCUCAGUCAACAUAGAGUCGUUACCAGGGAUUCCGAAUUCUCAUGAGGCAUCCCUAGAGAGCGAAAGUCAAGCUGCAACUCUAAGGGAGAAACAGCUUGCGAACAGUCAGAUCAAUACUCUCUUUGUUGGAAAUGUCUCUUCUGCAGCUGCUGAAAAGGAUAUACAAGAUGCUUUUGCAAAAAAAGGCUUCUUAGGUAAGGUCAAUCUGCCGAAAGAUUCCGCAACUGGAACACAUGCUGGCUUUGGCUAUAUCGAGUUCCCUUGUUCCUUUGCCGCAUCUGCCGCCCUCCAUGCUCUUAACGGGGAUCUUAUAUUUGACCAGGCUAUCAAUCUUGAGUUCAGUCACGUAUCAAUGGUUGACAGCACUAUUAACAGCGCUGAACGACUAUCCGUCGGUAUUGGACGCGCUUCUACUAUUGUCCCAGCCGAAGGAAAUAACCCCCAAAGGAGCUUAGUCAACGGACGCAUCCCAUUAACUGGCUCUGGCGAUGCUAGAGACCCACUUCGCGAUUCCUCAGAUAUUCGGCGUACCAGAUCACUUGGAGUCCUUCGUCGAUCCCAGGUGCACGAUCCUCUUCGCCACGGAACCCGCGGCAUGGCUAAAAUCAAGGAAAUGUCAGAAGAUCUGGAUCAAUCAAAUAACGAAGCCGAUGGUUUGCGUAAUCGAUCUUCUUGGGAACCAGAACGAAGACGACCCAGUUCUUUGUAUUCUUCCGCUACUGUUGCCAAUCUACUGACGGAUCAAGAUGAUGUGGAACCGGAGUUUUCGGCUCGUUAUCCAUCUCUGAUAUCUGAUGCACAUACGCGUGAGAGACGAUCCCACCUUCUCCCUCAUCAAACGCAAGGUCUUCCUCGAAAUCUCAGCCCAGCGUCACAAAUGGCACGGUUUCCCAGCAUUUCACAACUAGAAGCACGUACCUCCAAAGCACAAUCCCAACAAGUAGAUCAAAUGGCAGGUAGAAAUCCUCCAACGCCUGUGGAUGUUAGGCCAUUUCCUGCAAACCGUUUCCCCGAGGUUUCUACCAACAAUAGACAGAAGACUACAUAUCCAGCAACCCCUCCGAUUUCAGGCAUCAGGCUUCCCGGUUCGUGGCCGCCCGAGUACCAUAGCGCACAACCUGUAGGGCUUCACACCUCGUCACCGGCGGCAACCGGUGAACUCUUCCGGUCAAACACAACCAUUGCGUCCAAUCCCGCGGCAAGGCUUUCGGGACCAUUCGUUCCAUUCGGCAAGCCCCACCGGCGACGUGAACGUUCCGGCCUUCGACGCAGUGCUUCUGAAAGCCAACAUCGUCGCCCACUAGGAGGUUUCUUCGACAGACAUCGCAGCAGAUUCGAAGAACGGCCUGCCAUUUACAGCCAAUCCAUUCUCCCAGGAAUCCCAGCGGAAAGCCUGUCCAGUCUUCCAGGCAGUUUCCCCACUGAAAGUCCUCCGGUUAUUCCUCCAAAGCCGAUCCAUCAGUAUUCGAAUAUCCAGCCGGAAAUGCAGGAGCAAAGACCGAGGAAUGAUGGCCCAGCUAGUUAUCAAAUUGAGCGGUGUAUCCGACACCUUGCGCUCCUAGGUUAUGGUCGUAACCAAAAUCACCCUUCACAUAAUUUGAAGAUAUAUGCAGAAGCCGCAGGCGGUGUGCUAGAUGAUGCAAUUGAAAUGAUUGAGGAGGAACAGAAAGCGUUUGAACAACGGGGUGUAUCUCAAUGA